GCCGAGCUCUGGUUGGCUUCUGCCCACGACACCUCCUAUAUAUCCUCCCGGUUCCUGCCAUUGCUAUCGCAGUGAUGGCGGAGAAUAGUGGCGUGCACAGUUCCUCGUCCAGCGUCUCGUCGCUCUCCAGCGCGCUGUCCAACACCCACCUCGACCUCCUCGAGUCCGAGUCCGCCGCGACCAACUGCAAUGGGACGCGAGCGGCCAAAGCAGCUGCCAGCGCCCAGGCACCGAGUCGCCAGCGCCGGUCCAGCAGCUACAACGAGGUGGGCAGUCCGACCGAGGUCCCAGUGCUGGUGAUAAAUACUGGCGGCACUAUUGGCAUGGCCUAUAGAGACAACGUACUAGCACCAAAGGCGAAUGCUUUCGUCGAUGCCCUUCGGAAGCAUCCGGGUUUGCAUGAUGAAGAUUAUGCUCAACGAUCCAGGCUUUAUGAUUGUUGUGAUUCAUCAGAGAACAUUCUGGUGCUUCCUUGUUCAAAGUCAAACAAAAGGAUCGUAUAUUCAGUAAUUGAAUAUUCACCUCUGCUGGACUCCAGUAACAUGACCACAGAUAACUGGGCUCAAAUUGCUGUUGAUAUACAGAAUCACUACCAAAGUUACAGUGGCUUUGUGAUCCUUCAUGGUACCGACACAAUGGCUUACACUGCUUCUGCCCUCUCAUUCAUGUGUGAGAAUCAAGGAAAACCCAUCAUCCUGACUGGCUCUCAAGUGCCGAUCUAUGAGAUGAGAAAUGAUGGUCAUGAUAACUUACUUGGGGCAUUGCUAAUUGCUGGUCAUUUUGUAAUCCCAGAGGUUUGUCUCUAUUUUCAACACAAGUUAUACAGAGGAAAUCGAUCAACCAAAAUAGAUGCUGCAAGCUUUGUUGCGUUCUCUUCACCAAACCUGCAGCCACUUGUCAAUGCAGAAGUGGAAAUUAAAGUCAAUUGGGAUGCUAUCUGGAGACCAACAACAACAAAGAAGUUUAGAGUACACACCAAUAUGAAUCGGAAUGUAGGAUUGUUAAGACUGUUUCCAGGAAUCACUGCUGCCACGGUAAAAGCCUUUUUGCAACCACCAAUGGAAGGCAUUGUGCUGGAGACUUAUGGAUCAGGCAAUGCUCCAGAUAAUCAGGUCGAUCUACUGGAGGAGUUCAAGAACGCCAUAGAUCGUGGCGUGUUGAUAAUAAACUGCACCCAGUGUUUGCGAGGCUCUGUGAACAAGUCAUAUGCCACGGGAAAGGCACUUUCUGAUAUUGGACUUGUUGCUGGGUGUGAUAUGACUCCUGAGGCUGGUUUGGCAAAGUUGUCUUAUGUACUGGGCAAGACCGAUCUGUGUAUUAAAGAGAAGAGCAAGAUGCUGUCUGAAAACCUCAGAGGGGAAAUGAAUACAACGUUUGGGGAGUCAAAGAUCUCUCUCUGUGACAACGAAUUUAUUCGAGCCCUGGCUAGGGCACUCAGUAUAAGCUGCAAAGAGGAAUUGGAGGCUAUCCGAGAUGCGCUAACCCCCUCCUUAGCUUGUGCAGCUGCCAAGACUGGUGACAUAAAUGCAUUGGAAGCAAUAACUAAUAUGGGUGGGAACCUGUGCAGUGAAGACUAUGAUGGGCGCACUCCACUGCAUGUGGCAGCGUGUGAGGGUCAUCUCCAGGUUGUGCAGUACCUGCUCAAACACGGGGCCACUGUUUAUGCCAAGGAUCGAUUUGGCAAUACUCCGUUAAAGAACGCAGUGAAAUUCAGGCACCAUGAGAUCAUCAAGUUACUGCGGCAGACCGGAGCCCAUUUCGCGAAGGAUGAGAUUGUAGACGUGGGAACAAAGUUGUGCAGCCUGGCAGCAAUCGGUGAUGUGGAAGGAUUGGAGACUUGGCAGAUCGCUGGAGUGGACAUGGAUCAACGCAGCUACGAUGGACAAAAUCCUCUGCAAGUUGCUUUAACUACUGGUAAUGAAGAGGUGGCUGCAUUCCUUCAAGUUAGACUGGAGCCAAACGACCUGCGGAGGGAAUGACCAGUAGAUUCUGCCGUCGUCUGAUGAUGAGAUGGACGUGUGCUCUGCAGUGUAACAGAAGUAAACGUGAACCUGUACGUUGCGAUUGAAAAUGUUUAGUGGCUUUUAGAUUGCUAAAGCUCCUUUUAUAUAAAAUGGACGUCGCGGAAAACUUUUAAUGCAACAAAGAUCAUAUUUCAAGUAUUAAAAAAGCAAGUAAUUUGAACCAGUGGGCGGACAGGGCACCACUGGAGUUUACAUCAAAGAUAGACAAACAGUGCUGGAGUAACUCAGCAGCUCAGGCAGCAUCUCUGGAGAAAAGGGCAUGGUGACAUUUUGGAUCGGGACCCUUCAGUCUGAAGAAGGAUCCCGACCCCACACGUCACCCAUCCUUUUUCUCCAAAGAUGCUAACUAACCCACUUUUUGUCUAUCUUUGGUAUAAACCACCAUCGGCACCUUGUUUCUGCACCACUGGAGUUUGUAGGGCCUGGUCUCUGCCACUCUUGUGAACAUUAGACCUAGAAACUUAGAAAAUAGGUGCAAGAGUAGGCCAUUCGGCCCUUCAAGCCUGCACCACCAUUCAAUAUGAUCAUGGCUGAUCAUCCAACUCGGUAUCCUGUACCUGCCUUCUCUCCAUACCCCCUGAUCCCCUUAGCCACAAGGGCCACAUCUAACUCCCUCUUAAUUAUAGCCAAUGAACUGGCGUCAACUACCUUCUGUGGCAGAGGUAUUGUGGCAUUGUAAGAUCCAUUGGUGGAAGUAUUUAUUUUCAUGUAUCAUUCACCCAUGGAACAGUGGGGGAGGGGGGUGGGAUUAUGGACAUUUUCUUUGCCAUUGCUUAAACUAUGUGCUUGGAGAAUUGAUCUACACUCGUUGAACAUGUUGCUUCACUCGGAUAUUUUACUAGAUUUGUGUUUAGCUGACUGUUGAUGCAAUAGAAAUGGCAAUCUCAUGGUGGGCUAAAAUUGAUUUCGUCCAUGCCAAUUAUGUCGGUUAGCUCACCUGAGAAUGCUGCCUUGCUCCCACUUUCAUUACUCAUCACUUGAUGCCACUGAGGAAUGCACUUUCGCAAUCUAUUCCGUCCACCUGAUCUACGUUUGUAUGUCCAAAUUUCAUUCAUUUGUGCAUAAUGAGGACCAUUUCCAAAAGUAAAAUAGGACACGAGAUGCUGGAGCAAGUCAGCGGGUGGAAGCGUCUCUGGAGAACAUGGAUAAGUAACGUUUCAAGUUGGGUGUGGUGGGGGAGGGGAACAUGCCCCGCACAUCUCCAUUAAACUUGUCCCCUUCCAAGUUAUCCUUGGCAGUGGAUAUUAAAAAAACAGUUGUGGCACAUUGGGUGUGGCAAUACUCUACUGGACAUUGUAGGAAAAGAGUUUCACUGUGUGUUUGCACUUUGUACGUGUGACAAUAAAAGCAUCAUUGAAACCUAAAGUCUAACCAAGAGUGUCAAGGAAUGCAGCUUCACAUUGCCAAUGCAGUUUACCUAAUCUAUUGUUUCGUAUUUGUUCUCAAUAAUAUUGGUCUGAAAAUUAUUACAAAUGGUGUAGAAUUAUUGCAUGGUAGAAUUCUAUCAGAUGUCAUUACAUUUCAAUAUUUAUAUUCUAGGAUUAUUGCUAAUUUGACAAACAUUCCCCCCCGACUAACAUUGUUCUUUGUCUAGCAGAACUUGUCCUCCCACUCUUACUUUUAUUUUUAUUCCUUUCACUUCAAAUUAAAGGGGUAGCCAUGGUGACUUAUGCCCCUGUCCCACUUAGGAAACUUGAACGGAAACCUCUGUAGACUUUGCGCCCCUUCCACUAAGACCUUCCACUACCUGCAACCACCUUCAACUAGCAUCGCAACCGGCUUCAACUAAAAUCACCUAUUUUUAAAACGGCAACCUAUUUUUAGUUGCGGCCAGUUUUUAAUGUUUUUAAAUAAUCGCCGGAACAUAGAAGAAGCGGAAACCACUUUCGACCAUUAGGGAGACUGAAAAAACCUCCGUCAACCGCACGGAAACCUUGGGUGGGGCGCAAAGUCUCCAGAGGUUUCCGUUCAGGUUUCCUAAGUGGGACAGGGGCAUUAUAUGGGCCCUAGCUAUGCCUGUCUUUUUACUGGCUGUGUUGGACACAUCUUUCAAAACAAACCUUCAAUUCUGACCUCCACUACAUCACCAAUUAGGGUUCCCAUGCAAAACUCCUCAAUUUCAUCAUCUUCACCACCCUGCCUCUGUUUGGACCAUGUGUGACAUCUUUCUUUCCUUAAACAAAAAAAAACGCAAAUUGCUGGGUCAGGCAGCAUCUGUGGGGAUAAUGGACCUCAUCGCCGCUCAAUUAUCUCCUCUCUACUCCAGUCUGAAGAAGAGAACUGGCCCAAAAAGUGGUCUGACCAUUUCCCUCCACAGAUGUUGCGUGACCUACUGAGUUCCUCCACCAGUCUUUCAGCUGAAGUUUCCAUCAUGUGCACUGUUUCAAUUUUAUUUACUCCUUCAUCUUUAUUAGAAGUUAUUACUCCACGUAAUUUACUUUUCAAAAUUCCGUGAAUAAGUGAACCCCUUUUCCCUUGAUCGUUUCAAUUAAUUUACCGGCGUCGAGCUUGGAUUGUAGUGUUAUUACUUCAUUUUGGAUAAUCCUAUGAGAUUUAUCAGGCUACUCUUUACUAGUUUACCACUCUGUAAUGGAUUCUUCUGCUGAACAAAUUUUAUUUGAUAACUAAUUACCACAUUAUUGCCCUGGGAUGUCAAGAAUUGAUAGUUUAUCUAGCUCUUCAUUCAGCUUGCUAUUCUCUGUUAUUGGUUUACACUUGUGCUUGGCAUUUAUUAUUAUGUUAAAGGUUUGAAAUGUCCCUUGGCUAAGGGUAUAAAUGUGCUUUUUGUCUUGAAAUUACGCUGAGCCAUUCUAAUGUUUAUCUACAAGGUUGAACAUUAUUCUUCUAUUUGUAUCUUAUUUUGCUCAUUUGAUUUUUAUUGUUUGCUUGACAAAAUGUUAAAUAAAUUGCUUUUUAAAGCAA